AUGAUGAUGGACGAUGAAAACUCGACUGGAGAGAUCUACAGCGCGCUCGAUCAGUUGGUAAGGCGGCCUACGCUAUCGUUUAGAAACAUUUUUUGACCGAAACAUGCUAAAAUUUUAAUUGUCAUCGCUUUUACAUAUACACUUUCUUGCCAAAAAAUCCAAGAAAUCCCUGUUUUUAGUCCUGCACAACAUGCCCUGAUGACUUUGCGGAGUUCGUGGAGAAUCUCUCCAUGUCCAAUGCCGCCCUUCGGACUGGAAUGUCCGACCCAGAGAUGAAUAUUGUGCUAGAGAAUCAGGACAAAUUGGGGGAAAAAGUGAUGGCACAGGUGGAUGAGGACCAGAUCGAGGCUCAAUUGGCUCCAGAACUUGCAAUUGCCGUCUAUUGCGAUGGCCAGAAGUUGUUCUAUGACGAGAAUUCGGCGACGGAAAACGGGUUCAGCUUCUUCUUCAAGGAUUUGUAUCUGAAAUUCAAGUAAAGAGUGUUUCAAAAGUUAUCCAAGGCAUUGUAAAAUGUUUCAGGACCGACUCGACAAACGUUCUUGAGGUUCGAACCGACCAUCCAACCCCAUACAUGGAAUGGAAAGUCGUGGCGCAAGUCCGAAUCUCGGCCAGCGAUGGAACUCAAAAGUUCAAUGUGGUGGAUGGAGAUGUCUUUGGUCUGGGGAAGUAUGACCCGCCGAUUUUUUUGCAGCUAGAUCACUCCAAGGGAGACGUGAAAGGGCUCAAGGUGGAUAUGAGAUUGAUUGAAUAUGUGAGUUGAACGUAUAUUACAUUAGAUGAAAAUACUGUAAAAUGGUUGUUAUGAGCAAUAUAAACCAUGCCGAUGGAUACAGUUACCUCUCAGAACCGAUGUGAGAACAUUUUCACCCCGUUCUUUGAGGCUUGAAGCCAUUUCUGGGUAAAGAGGAAGACUUGACCCAAACUGAGUCAAGUGUUCCUCACAGACCAAAAUUCUCUCAAAAUAAGCUGCAAUUGUUGCGCAACGUGUGUGCUUCCAGUCCUUCGAGAAGGUCAGCCCAUCGUACUUCAAAGACACGGAUGUUACAAUCACGUUCAACGACGGUUCCGAUGAUUUCUAUACCUACGGCAACCUUCUCCAACUGCAUUCUCAUGUGCUUGGAAGAAUGAUCAAGCGCCCUCAGCUGUUGGACGUAUAUGGUCACCCAGUCAUCCAGCUGGCUCCAGAAGACCGCGGUAUGGUCACGGAGUUGUUGGUUUACCUGUAUCCCAAUUCUCGCCCCAUUUAUCCGAGAUUUCGAACGCUUUGCCGCGCCGCCUGGAAGUUCCAAUGCCCUGCGGUCAUGUUCAAAAUUGGAGAGUGGUUCAUCAAGCAUAUUUCGGUGAGAUUUGAAGGUCUUAAUUGAGAUUUUAAUUUUUGAGUAUUACUAUAGUUAUAGUAAUAUUUACUUUUCAAUUUUAAUGCCACUAUAACAAUGUUUUAUCUCCAGUCCCACAAACCGACCCUUCUGGAAAAGAUUGAAGAAGCUCUGAUGCUGGGAAUUGGCGAUGUGGUCAUCCCUCGUCUUGUUUUUGACGCCGUUAAAAACGGAGAAUGGGCCAAGCUGAUUGGCCAAGUCAGCGAACCUAAUCAGUUGUUCCCGGCGGAUGUCUACGACGAGAUUAUUGCCCCGGCCUGCCUCUACGCCCGAAAACACAAGUUCUUCAGCUGGCCAAAGCCCUCGGAACUCAUCCCAAGGUAAGUUUCACCACGGAUAACAUAACAUUCGGAAAAUGUUAAAAAUUUUCUCGUAAAUAUACUUACUGUCAUUCCAAAGAUAAUUGAAUGAGUUAUGAGCUGUUCACUUUAUUUCAGACCCAAGGAUGACACCGACCCAUCAGUAGUUCGUCUGGUCUACAGUGGUGUUACAGUUUUUGCCCAUCGCGGAGUCCUCCAAGCCCAUAAUAUGUCUAGAUUCGGCGUCAGCGCUUCGGCUGAUAGAAAAGGUAAUUGAAUUUGAGCCGUUCGGAUAGCUGACUGCAUUCAUCUUGACAAUACGGCGAACUGUCUUGGACGGGGAAAGAGUUGACUCAUCUUGGUCAAGUCUUCCUCUCUAGACGAAACACGCAAUGUUGCAUAGAUUGAGUUUGUUGCAGGAGGAGCGGGCUGUAUAACAACAUGUUGGGAGCUUUUAUGAAUCAGUUUUGUUGUUUUCGAUUAAUAUUAUUUAUCUUCUGUCAUGUAUAAUAUAAUUUAUCUUUGAUACUUUCAGAAUAUUACCCAAUCUUCACCGUGGAGACUCGUGAGUACCUAAACAACCUCCAUAUUGAUCUUCGUCACUUCCUCAAUGAGUUCGUUGACUUUGUUUAUUACAACAAGCCGAUUUGUGAGGCUUGUAUCCGGCCAAUGUUGAUCUUCGCCCACGACAAUGAAUUGGUCUACUUGAAGGGUAAAAUGGAAGCAGUAAGUUGUUGUUGGUGUUUAUUGAAUUGUUUGGAGUUUAGGCGAUUGCCAUGCAGCCCCCAAUCUCCACAAAUAUCAUGAGAGAGCACCUUACUUUAGCCUCAAAGUAUGGGCUCGACAAUUUGUUGCGGACGACUUUGGUCAGAGCUGAAGGGCAUUACAUUACGGUGGCUCAAGCCUUGGUGGGACAGUCUGGAAUUGUCAAUGAGCUGACGAUUCCAACGAUGAGAAAAUUGGCUGAUCGAUUGUGCACUGGAUGGUCGUUGAUUAAUUGGAAAAUGGCCGAAAGGUAAGUUUAUUUUAGGUGGUAUUUUGGAAGAAUACGGCUGAAUAGAGAACAUAGGUCGUGAUUGACGUUAUGCUGAGGGAUUUUAUGGCUUUUUACGGUAGUAAUUACAUAUUUUUUAAAGGUCAAUUGUAUUUUUUUUUAAGUUUGUCCUCAUAACUAUUAAGAUCUCGUUUAGAACACCCACCACGAGAAAUGUACGCCGAAUUUUCCUAGACGAAGGUGGCCCAGUGGUCCCAACUGCUAAUCCGACCCUUGAAUCGUUCUAUGGCCUCAAUUCGGACGAUGCUUAUGGGGAUCCAAUCUGA